AUGUCUAUCAGUGAAAUCGUCACCGACCAGUCAUUGCUGCCCGUGCUGAGCACCAGCGCUGAGACCCUGGCUCAAUGCCAACAACUUUUGGCUUUGUUGAAUCCCGAUUCUCUCCCGACCGGAACCUCCGUCCAUGACUUAUCACUAGCGGCCUCCAAACAACAAAAGGUGCUCUUCGCCUUGCUCGCUCAACUUCGCGGGCAAAACAGAGAUGCUAUUUUCCGAGUGCGCGACACCAAACAUGCGACCGCCGAAGCCCGCCAGGAGAUCGAUCGCUUGCAUCUCCAACUGCAGAACCUGUACUACGAACAAAAACACCUGACAGGCGAGAUCGCUGCCUGCGAAUCUUAUGACCACCAAUAUCUCUCCUUGCCGUUGAUCCCCGUCGAAGACUUCCUCGAACUCUUUCCAGAACACAGCGGCUCCAGUGAACAUGAACUGAUGAUUGCGCGCAUCAACCAUGAACAUGCGGAACGGGAAAAGCUCGAGCAGGCGCGACAGGAACUGUUGAAGCGCAAACAGGCCUUGAUCGCAGAAAAUAAGAAGCGCAAAGAUGAUCUAGCCAACUUGGAUCAGGAUCUCGAGAAGUUUGUUGAUGCAGCCAAACCAAUCCAGAAGAUUUUCGAAAAGGAAUACUAG